AUGUCUUUUCCACUCUUUGGCGAAAAGAUACUAUAUGAAGAUAUCAAGUUUAUAUCUUGGUGUCCUACAACUGAUCUUGUUCUAUUUGUAUCCCCUUUAAACCAUCUUUUUCUUUAUCGAAAUGGCGUUGAUUUAGUUUGGUCUGUUGAAGAUCAGAUUGAUUCCGACAUCAGAGUUACCACUUGGAAUCCCAACGGAAAGGAAUUUGUUCUUGGGUGUGAGGACGGAACAGUAUACAAAGUUGAUAUUCGAUAUCAUUCGCCUAGUAUUUCUCCUUGUUGGCAUGAAACAAAUCCAGAAAAGAAUGUGCCAAUUACUUCUCUUGUAUGGACAAACUAUAACUACAAUAAGAGCCAGAUGAAAAUAGAGGGAUUUGAUAGUAAUGCAUUUGAUUUGGAGUCUGCAUUACCAUUAUUAAGCAAUGAGCGGCCAUUAGAACCAUUAUCUCGCUUUCUAUUGCCAAAAAAUAAAAGACCAAAUCUACCUAAUAAACCUGUCAAACAUUCUGACACACAAACAUUGCUGUUUAUUGGUGAUCAAAAUGGUCGUGUACAUACCUUGUAA